CGCCGCCGCCGCCGCCGCCACCCGAGGACCAGCCGGGUGCGUCCGCCUCCGCAUCGGUGCUGGCGCAAAACAUUGCGCGCGCAGGCGCCAGCGCAGCGAUCGCCGAGCUCGCCGAGGGCUACGACCGGCCGCUGGCCGAGCGCAUCUGGAGAGCACGCGUGCGCCGUCCGCUGGCAGAGUACCUGAGGCGCGCCGACGCCAGCGCAGCGGUCGCCGAGGGCUACGACCGGCCGCCGCCGCCCGCGCGCACACCCGCCAAGAUGCGCGACUUUCUGCGCUUCGCCCACGACUCGUCCGACUGCGUCGCGGCCGCCGAAAUUACUGCGCUGGAGGAGGACGCGCGUGCCGAGGCGGACAUCCUGCGGCUGCGCAUGGCUGGCGCCUCCGCUGACGCCUCCGCCGAUGCCGAGCGCAGGCAUUGGCUGCAGCGCGCCGAGCAGCUGGAUGCGCAAACGUGGUCCUUUGUCGAGGAGUGCGAGCCGGCCGCCGGGCUGCCGCAGCUCGAGCCGCCCGGUGCGCAGGCGCAGCGCGACGGCGUCCUGCGCUGGCUCAACGACGACUGCGACGAGCCACUCCCAGACACCGGCACUGGAAGCCAUCGGCCGUCGAUCGAGGCGUACGCGGCCGCGCGGUUCCCCGACAACCCGAUGUGGCGCGGCAUGGCGGACAACGUCGACCGGCUGCGGAGCAUCCGCGAGAUCGACAGCAAAAUCUGGGCAGCCAAGCUCAACAUUCCGCUCGGCCACCUGCACCCGCACAGCGCCGCGCCGCGCGCCCUAGAUGACCCUGCGCCGUGCGCCCGCGCUAUCCACGCCACCUACGCCAACACUGCAGACCCACCGGGCGGCCUCCGCCUAGACCACCAUUGUGCGCGCGCGCUGCUGCAUCGCACCACGGCGCUGAUUCUAGCCCACACCGGCUUCGAUUCCAUCACCGCCGCAGCCGCAUCGACGCUUAAUGCUUUUUUCAUCGACUACAUGGCCAAUCUCGGCCGCUCCCUGCGCACAUACACGGACAAGCAUGCACGCACAAUGAGCUCCGAAGCCAUUCUCGCCCACGCCCUCUACGACAAUGGUAUUGAGGAUCUCGGGGAGCUCGAGUACUAUGCGCGUGGGGACGUUGCCAAGCACCACACGAAACUCUGCGAGGUCCAGAAGAAGCUCAGCAAGGCUUUUCAAGAUACCAUGGCUGAUGGUCGCUUGGACGCGGAGCCUGUGGAUGCUGGUUUGGAUACUGGUGACGCCUACGUUACGGGAUCGGUGGGUGGUGGGCUGGCUGAUUUGGGCGAUGACUUUUUUGGGUUUAAGGAGCUUGGAUUGGAUAAGGAGUUUGGCCUGGAGUCCCUCAGCGUGCCGCAGCGCCUAUGGUAUGCGCGCCCACCAGGGAGUGCCGAUGGCGCAGGGCUGACCCCAUACCAGCAACAGCAGGAGGCCCUGGCGCAUCCGCAACCUAAAGCAUGGCCGCCACUGCGCACCCCUAGAGGACAAAUCGGUCUUUUGCAUCCAUUUAUCUGCGAGAAACUCAAACACAUCAAUGCUGUUGAGUGCGUACCCGGGUUCACGGCAGAUGGGAGACUGCUUGCAAAAGAGGAAGGCGAGGAUAACGAAGACGAGGAUGAGGAUGGGGCGUAUGCAUUGCCGGAUACUUGGGUGCCUGUUCCUGAGGACGAAAGCUUACCUACAAGGUUACGUUAUGGUGCUACGAGGGUGAAGGUGCCGCCACCGAACUAUCUCACUCACCCAAGGACUCAUAUGCAUGUGGGCUCCGGACAGGUACCGGAUACUCCAACAACAGCAGGUGCAGGUGCAGGGAGGAAUGCAAAGAAGCGACCAGUGAAAAAUACUGCGAGCAAGACCACAGCAACAGCGACCACUAUUGGCAAGGCUUCGAGAAAAAAGUCUGCUGGUGCUUAACAGCAACAACAACAAAAAUAAAAUAAAAAAUUGCAUAUAUACAAAAAUGUGUGUAUGUGCAUGUGUGUGUGUGAAUGGAUGGCAUGCAUUUGUAUUAGAUAUCAAAAUGUUUACGUGUAUAUUUGAAAGUAAAAUGGUUUAUUUAUUCGACAAAAAUACAUUUGGCGUCGUACAAAACGAGAAAAUGUAAUAAUAUAUAAUGUAAAAUUGGAAUAUAUAUAAAAUAAAAUAAGGUAAAAAAAUUGAUAAACAAAAUAAAUGAAUAUUUACACCCAGCUUGUACAUGAGAAAAUAAGACUGGAUUUAAAUAACACAGUACUGGCCCUGCUGCUGCUGCUGCUGUUGUUGUUGCUGCUGCUGCUGUUGCUGUUGCUGUUGCUGUUGCUGUUGCUGUUGCUGUUGCUGUUGCUG